AUGCGACGGUGUACGUCGGGGGCUUGGAUGAGAAGGUCAGUGAGCCGCUGCUCUGGGAGCUCUUUCUCCAGGCGGGACCGGUGGUCAAUACCCAUAUGCCCAAGGAUCGAGUCACGGGCCAGCACCAAGGCUAUGGGUUUGUGGAGUUCCUCAGCGAGGAGGACGCAGAUUACGCCAUUAAGAUCAUGAACAUGAUCAAGUUGUACGGGAAGCCGAUCCGAGUGAACAAAGCCUCGGCUCACAACAAAAACCUGGACGUGGGGGCCAACAUCUUCAUCGGCAACCUGGACCCCGAAAUCGAUGAGAAGCUGCUGUACGACACCUUCAGCGCCUUUGGGGUCAUCCUGCAGACGCCCAAGAUCAUGCGGGACCCCGACACGGGCAACUCGAAGGGUUACGCCUUCAUCAACUUCGCCAGCUUCGAUGCCUCGGACGCUGCCAUCGAGGCCAUGAACGGACAGUACCUCUGCAACAGGCCCAUCACCGUUUCCUACGCCUUCAAAAAAGAUUCUAAAGGCGAGCGGCACGGCUCGGCCGCCGAGCGUCUCCUGGCAGCCCAGAACCCGCUCUCGCAGGCGGAUCGGCCCCAUCAGCUCUUCGCCGACGCUCCUCCUCCUCCGUCUGUCCCGACGCCUGUUGUCACCUCCCUGGGACCUGGUGUCACCCCUCCAGGUGGGUAGAUCCUGGCAGCGCCCGCCUUUGUGCCGCGCUGG